AUGAAUUACAUUUUAGUUGAGUAAGAUGAAAGACUUUAACUAUUGAUAAGUAUUGUUAAGAGAAUAAAAUCCAAUACUGUUGUAGUAUUCUCUGAAAAUUAAAUUAAUGUAACAUAAUUCACAUCAUUUAGUUUUUGUAAGAGCUAUUUAUAUUAAUGGGAAUAAAAACUAAAUUCAGAACAUAAUAAUAACCAGCUGAUCAAACAUUAUAAAUUUAUUAUGAUCCUCCUAUGACAGAAGUUAAGAGUGGUUUAGUGUUUGUUUUACCUGAAGAGAAGAUACCUAAUUGUACUGAAAGCAAAUUAGAAAAAAAUAAAUAAGAAUAAUUUGCAAACUAAGAAGUUAUGAAACUGGUUUCUAGCAAUUAUAAUCUUAAUUGUUUAGCUGAUAAGGCAUAUAAAGAUUUUGUCUAUGUAUAAAUAUUGAAUUAAUUAUAGAAUUAUUAACAUAAAUUAGAUCAAAAUAAUUAUGAUGUCUUAAAAUUGAAUCCCAUGAGAUUAUGUAAAUCUUUUGGAUUUGAAGUAACUCCAAAAUUAAAUAGUAAAUUAUAUAAAUAUAAUUUAGAUUUCAGAUUAAGAUCAAGUAAAGAAUAUCCAUAAAAAUAGAUUAAAACAAAUUAAACAAAAUCUAAAAAAAUAAAAAAAUAAUCUAAAAUUAUUAAUGUAAAAAAACAUAAAAAUUGA